AUGGCUGCAAAUGAUGUGCCUUGUUGUGAGUCCAUGUUCUGGGUUUACUUGUUCAUAUGCGUGGGACUUGUGGCUUUUGCAGGCCUCAUGUCCGGCCUAACUCUGGGCCUCAUGUCUCUGGAACUCGUCGAUCUUGAGGUCCUCAUCAAGGCUGGUCAGCCAGAGGACAGCAAAAAUGCUGCCAAGAUUUUGCCUCUUGUGAAAAAACAGCACCUCCUAUUAUGCACUCUUCUCAUCUGCAAUUCCCUGGCAAUGGAGGCUUUGCCCAUCUUCCUUGACGCUCUUCUACCUGCAUGGGGAGCUGUGUUAAUCUCUGUCACCCUCAUUCUUGCUUUUGGAGAGAUAAUUCCUCAAGCUGUUUGUUCUCGAUAUGGACUGAGUAUUGGUGCAAAGCUGUCCCCCUUGGUUCGGUUGCUUGUCAUAGUUGUUUUCCCAUUAUCAUAUCCAAUUAGUAAGUUGCUGGAUUCACUACUUGGGAAGCAGCAUUCUGCUCUACUCAGACGAGCAGAGUUGAAGACGUUGGUGGAUUUGCAUGGAAACGAGGCUGGAAAAGGCGGAGAGCUAACUCGUGAUGAAACUACAAUCAUUUCUGGGGCUCUUGACUUGACAGAAAAGACAGCUAAAGAUGCCAUGACACCUUUGUCUAGAAUCUUUGCUCUCGAUCUCAACUCCAAGCUCGAUGACAAUCUGAUGAAUUUGAUAAUCAGCCAAGGACACAGUCGUGUGCCUGUAUACUCUGGAACUCCCAGUAACAUAGUUGGCCUUAUUCUGAUAAAGAACCUUAUAAAAUGCCGUCCUGAAGAUGAAACACCAAUUAGGAAUCUGACUAUCAGGAAGAUACCCAGGGUUUAUGAUUCAAUACCGUUGUACGAUAUGCUAAAUCAGUUUCAAAAAGGUCAGAGCCAUAUGGCUGUCGUGGUAAAGAAUAAAGAUCUUUGUAGUGAUGCUGCUGAAACGGAAAAUGCUAAGUCCAAAGUUGAUAUGUUGAGGAGCCAUUUGCAUUCAAUCAACACCCAAGCGGUUCAGGAAGCAAAUGAUGUUCCAUAUGGUCAACGAAAAUCAGCACAUGUUCUGGAGUCAUCUGUGCCUUGUUGUCGAAUUAAAGUCUCGAGUCCGGUCCCCAGUGAGAAGAUCAAAGUUAACUUCCAGGUGGAAGCUAUUCCAAGCCCGGAUGAUGAAGUUAUAGGUAUAAUUACCAUGGAAGAUGUUCUGGAAGAAUUGCUCCAGGAACCAAUAUAUGAUGAAACUGAUGAGUACGUUGAUGUUCAUAACAAAAUUAAGAUCAACAUGAUCCCGGCAAAGAAAUAUUUCACUAGAUCCCCUGGAGGAGCCUCCGCAUUAAGCCCAAACACCAGAAGUGGGAUGAUGACAUCUCCACCUUCUUCAGACCAUCAGACGUCUGUAUCAUACAAUCAUUCACCUCUACUCCGUUCACCGGUGUCACCGUACUCUCUAUCGCCAACUGAAAGGCCAAAUCUGUAUGCUUCACCCCGAAACUACACCUUGAAUUCUCCAAUCAGGCAUGCACAGAAUCUGCAGACCGGACCUUCCUUCAAUCAAGUAUCGACGUUCUAG